UCUUGAGCAAUACGGUUGUCGUGAGCGCUUAACUAAAGACACAGCAAAGCAAAAGAAAAAUUUAUAAAUCAAAAAAACAAAGUAAUAAUAUAAUUUCAACUGGUUUUUAUUUAAACUAAAAGUAACAAGAAAUUACAAAGAAUUUAAUUUAAAUGAAAUAAAAUUAAUGCAAAUAAAGAAAAGUGAUUAAAACGAAGAAGAAAAAUUAAGUAAAACAAGUGUAGUUAAAGGUGAAAUAGUGGAAGAAAAAAAAUUUGUCAAGAAAAAAAAAUAUACACCAAAAUUAAAACAAAAACACCCCUCACUGCUCUCUUUUUGUUUUCUUUUAAGCAAAAACAAAAUAAAAACAAUUACAACUAACAACAACACAAAACAAAAGGGGGUUGUUUAAAGAGCAAGUUUGUGCGUGUGUGUUUAGAAAAAAAAAAACAAGAGAUAAAGUGUGUUUGCUAGUGAAAUAAAAUAGAAGAAAUUAAUAAUAAAUAAGUAAAUGAUAAAAUUAUAAAUUUUAACUUAAAAUUAAAAAGAAAUUUGCAAAUAAAUUAAAAGCUUUUAAUAGAAAAUUUUGUCAUUUAUUUGACAAAAAGAGUUUAAUUAAAGUUCGUGUAUUUAGGCCAUGCGUGACCUCGGUUCUAAAAUGGCCGAGCUUAAAUUUGAGGCUCCUUUGGCAAAACUAGAUGAAACCGAUGAUUGGGCCGGCUGUGAUUUCAUCUCUAAUCAAAAUCAACUCAAUGACACUUUAAAUCUAAAUCUAAAAGAUCCACUAGCCCAGCAGGAAAAUAAGAUACGUCUGCUAGAGGAAGCUGUACGUGAUGCUCAUGUUAGUAAGAAUGGUGGUUAUACGGGUAAUAUAAGUCCAAAUUGUAAUACCCUAAUGGGUGAAGAUAUGUCGGCUUUUGAUACUACAUUAGAGCCGCAUAAGCAAUCUAUGAAUGCCGGUGAAUCGAUGGAUAAUUUUGGUGAAACAUUCGGUGGCAGUUUGGAGGAUUUAGUCAAUACAUUCGAUGAGAAAAUCACUAAGUGUUUUGGUAACUAUGAGGAAAAUGUUGAGGCGCUGGCGCCCGUACAAGUACGCAGUCAAGAGGAAAUUAUGAAUGAAUGCCAAAUGUGGUGGACUAUAACUGGAAACUUUGGAAAUAUACUACCAAUCGAUUGGUCAAAAUCUUAUACACGUAAAAUGCAUAUGCCUACUUUAAAUUUGGGACAAAAUCCACCUAAACAAUCUGAUUCUCUAGAUGCGCAAACACCCGGUGAUGAUCUCAAUAGUGAAGAUGAAGCCAUAGCCAAUGAUUUAGAUAUGCAUGCUCUCAUUCUAAAUGGUCUGAAUAGUGAAACCGAAGAACCUAUUAAAAGUGUCGAAGAAGUCAUAAAGGAAAUUGAAUAUAUCAUAGAUGAGGCAGAGAGUCCAACAGAGGAUGCAACCACUUGUGAAUCGGAAGUAAUAGAGAAAGCUAAAGAAGUGUUGGGUGCUCCGCUAUAUGCGGAAAAAUUGCAAUAUUUAUCUAUAACCCAAUUAAAUGAGCUGUACAUGGAAAUGGAGGUGUUGAUCCAGGAGCUGAGUGAAACUUUGAUUAAUGAAUUGGCUUUAAGAGAUGAAUUGGAAUUUGAAAAAGAAUUGAAAAAUUCUUUUAUUUCCAUACUGCUGGCAGUACAAAAUAAAAGACGACAAUAUCAUGUCGAAAAGAAACGUGGCAAAUUUCAAGGUCCCGAUCCUAAAUAUUUAACUACCGUCAUACCCUAUACCUUGGAGAAUGGUACACCUAAUAAUCAAAAUUUACAAGUUUUAAUUAAAAUUUUAAAAGCCAUCAAUGAGGAUAGUCCUACCGUGCCCACUUUAUUAACGGACUACAUUUUAAAGGUAUUAUGUCCCACAUAAAUUUGUUUAUUUUUAUUAUUUUCUAAGUUAUUUUGUCUUAUUACAAA